AUGAAGCUGUGUGGUUCAGAUAUUACUUAUCUGAAUUUGGUUGUAGUGAUGGAAACCCAAGGAUUUAAUGCAUAUGAUUGUUUGUAUCACAUUGAAAAUCCAUCUUUAGGAGAGAAAGGGCUGGAUUUGGUAGACAGUCAUGCAGAAUUACAGAAGAUAAAGAGGAAGAUCCAGGACAAAUUGGUGCUUGAUUUGCUAGUCAGGGCUUGUCCACCCCCUGAUACUGAUUUUGAGUUGCAGCAAUCAAGAGUAGUUUUUGAGAGUCAAUGUAGCAACUCUAGCACACCUCAUCCUGCUGGUGUUUGCACACAAGAAAGCAAGAAUGCAACAGCCAAGUUGAAAGCAGUUUUGGAAGAAGAAGAGGGAUAUCAAGGAUUUGAGGCAUAUGAGGACAGUGAUGCUAAUGCCUCUGAUGAGGAUGCUCAAAUUGGAAAUGACCAUCAUUACAUGGGUGAUGAUGAAGAUGUAGAGGUGGAAGAGGGAAAGAGACAGAGAGAGCUAGAAGUACAAGAGGAAGAAUCAGAUGAUGAGCAAUCAGAAGAGGAAGAAAUGCUGCAUUAUGAGGGUGACACUGAAGUUGAGGAACCAUUUGAGGUAGAGGAAGAUAGGACUUUUGAAGAAGAAGAAGAAACUAUAGUUGAACCUGUGAAGAAGAAGCAGAAGCUACCAGUUAGAAGAGGACCAACAACUAGGUCACAUUCUAGUAAGCUACCAGAGGUUGAACCUGAUUUCAGACCAUCCUCAUCAGAUGAAGAAGAGAAGGGGUUGUUGAGGGAGAGUGAUGAUGAUGGUUUUGAGCCAGCCUCUUUUGUCCUACCAAAGAAAAGGAAGAGUAGGGCAAAGAAAAGGCCUGCUAGGAAGUGGUACAAUGAGAAAAUGGAGCAACCACAUGAGCAACUGUGUAUGAAGUUGUGUUUUAGGGAUCAGCAUCAAUGCAGAGAUGCUUUGUUGAAUUUGCACAUCACUCAGGCCAGGAAUUUUAAGUAUCACAGGAAUUCAGAUCAGAGGAUAAUUGUUCAGUGUCCAGAUAAACAAUGCCAGUUCUUUAUGGUGGCAGCAGUUAUAAAAGGGGAGAAAACCUUUGUAAUUAAGAAGAUGAGACUAGAGCACACUUGCCCUAGUACCACUGAGACCACCAGGGUUAGUGCUAAGUGGCUAGCACAGAAAUAUGAGCAUCUCUUCAGAUCUGAUAUAACUACUGGUAUUCAGACAAUAAUUGAUGCAUGCAUGGAAAAAUAUGGUGUAGAUGUGCCCAAGUGCAUGGCAUAUAGGGCAAAGAACAUAGCUAUUGAAGCUGUCUUAGGAGAUCACAAUAAGCAAUAUCCUAGGCUUAAAGACUAUGCUCAGACUGUCAUGGAUACAAACCCUGGGAGUAGAGUAAUAGUCACUACUGUUACUCCGGUACCAAAUGCAGAAAUACCCCACCCAGGCCCAAGAUUCCAUGCCAUGUUCUUUUGCCUGAAUGGUGCAAGGGAGGGGUUUCUCAAUGGUUGUAGGCCAUUCAUUGGUGUUGAUGGAUGCUUCAUUAAGCUCACUACAGGAGCUCAACUCCUUGCUGCCACUGGUGGAGAAGUGGGCAAGUUUGGACCUUAUACUAUAAUGUCAGAUAGACAAAAGGGGUUAUUGAAUGCAGUGAAUGCUGUCUUUCCAAAUUGCAACCAAAGAUUCUGCCUUAGGCAUUUAUAUGCAAAUUUCCAAAAUGUUGGGUUUAGGGGUGAAGAUCUUAAGAAGUGCAUGGAUAAUGCUAGCUAUGCCUACAAUGAACACAAAUUUAAUAUUGCAAUGAAUGAUCUUAGAGUUGAAAGUGAGGAAGCUUGGGAGUGGCUUACUGCAAUACCAAAAAAAACAUGGGCAAGGCAUGCAUUUGACACAAACUGCAAGACUGACUUGGUAGUGAACAACUUGUCUGAGGUGUUCAACAAGUACAUUCUAGAUGUUAGGAGAAAACCUAUAAGGACAAUGUGUGAUGGGAUAAAAGAUAAGCAGAUGGUGAGGUGGCAUAGGAACAGAGAGAGUGUAAAGGCAGCAAGAUGGGAUAUAACACCUCAUUACAGUGAGAAGCUAGAGGUUGAGAAGGAGAGGGCCAGAUAUUGCAAGCCAAUACAGGCAGGGGUCAACUUAUGGCAAGUUACAAGUGGGCAGCAAACACAUGCUGUCAACCUGGAACUUGAGACUUGUGGAUGCAGGAAGUGGGACCUUAGUGGCAUACCUUGCAACCAUGCCAUCUCUGCAAUAAACAAGGCUAAAAGGAAACCAGAGGAUUAUGUCAGCAAAUUCUUCAAGAAAGAUUUUUAUGCUGCAGCUUAUGAACCAAUGAUCUUUCCUGUGCCUGGUGAGCAUGAUUGGACAAGUACCCCUGGUCCAGACAUAGAACCACCUGCAUUCAAAAUCAAGAGAGGAAGAAAGAAAGAAAAGAGGAUCAAGGGCAAAAAUUUGAAGUACCAAAGCCAAAAGACACUUCAAGAAUGGGGACCAUAA